GAGAGUCAAGCAUCAUUGAAACAGAACAGAAAUGUCAUGCAUUGUUUGUUUUGCGUGUUAGGAAGUAAUUGUCGUGUCGCUUCAUUUACUAAACAUCAGCGGUGCGUGCGGUUACAAAUUCUAUCCUUUUUCUUUUGCGUUGAAGUGAAAGGAGACGCUGGAGACGCAAUGUCCGGGGGUUGCAUUUGAUCUAGAGUCGAAUAACAAAGACCGAGAUUGAAACGCCGAAAAUAUACACAUCCUCAGGAUGAAACAUUGGAAUAUACCAGUUCUGCAUUUCAAGAGUUAUAUCAGUCGUCGUCAGGCGUAAUGUCAUUGUCGUUUCUGUAAGGUGGGAAUGAUGCUGUUUGUUUAAUGUGAGGUGGUGUGCGCGCGGCUCUGAAUAGCGCUGCGGGAAGAUCAUAUAUAGGAGAGAUAUUAGCGUGCGCGUUUGUUUUAAAUAUGUGGAUAUUAUACGCAACUGAUAACCUGUAAUUGUGCUUUGUCACCGGUUGUCGAAGCGCGUGGAUUCCCGUUUAAAGGGUGCGCGAUUUUACACUUCGAUAAGCUUAAGGGCAGCGACUCCAUACUGGACCCCUCGUAUUUUUUCUAUUUUUGAUGCCCUCGUGAGGAUAUCGUGGUGAAGAUGUGGGUCAACCCUGAAGAGGUGUUGUUGGCCAGCGCUUUAUGGAUGACGGAGAGAGCGAAUCCUUAUUUCAUCCUGCAGAAGCGAAAGGGCCAUGGCGACGGAGGAGGCGGACUCGCGGGUCUGCUGGUUGGAACGCUUGACGUCGUGUUGGACUCCAGUGCACGUGUGGCUCCAUACAGGAUCCUUUACCAGACCCCCGAUUCCCUGGUUUACUGGACCAUUGCCCACGGGAGCUCUCGUAAGGAGAUCACUGAGAACUGGGAGUGGCUGGAGCAGAACCUCCUGCAGACGCUCUCUAUAUUUGAGAAUGAAAAUGAUAUCACCACUUUUGUAAAGGGCAAAAUUCAGGGCAUCAUAGCUGAAUACAACAAAAGCCACGACAUCAAAGAAGAUGACGACACCGAUAAGUUCAAAGAGGCCAUGGCAAAGUUUCGUAAGCUCUUCUGCAUGCCCGAAGAGGAGAAGCUGGUGAACUACUACUCCUGCAGCUACUGGAAGGGAAAAGUGCCCCGUCAGGGAUGGCUGUACCUCAGUAUCAACCACCUCUGCUUCUACUCCUACCUACUGGGAAAAGAGGUUAAGCUGGUGAUCCGCUGGGCCGACAUCACGCAGCUGGAGAAGAACGCCACCCUUCUGCUGCCCGACAUGGUGCGAGUCAGCACGCGCAGUAGCGAGCACGUCUUCUCUGUGUUCCUGAACAUCAACGAGACCUUCAAACUCAUGGAGCAGCUGGCCAACAUAGCCAUGCGCCAGCUGCUGGAUAACAAGGGCUUCGAGCAGGACCGCUCUCUGCCCAAAUUGAAGAAGAAGUCACCCAAGAAGGUGUCAGCCCUCAAAAGGGAUUUGGAUGCCAGGGCUAAAAGCGAACGAUACCGGGCGCUUUUCCGCCUUCCCAAAGAUGAGAAGCUGGACGGUCACACCGACUGUACCCUGUGGACUCCCUUCAACAAGAUGCACAUCCUCGGACAGAUGUUCGUCUCCACCAAUUAUAUCUGCUUCACUAGUAAAGAGGAGACCGCUUGCAGUCUGAUUAUCCCACUCAGAGAGGUGACCAUCGUUGAGAAAGCUGAUAGCUCCAACGUCCUGCCAAGCCCCUUGUCAAUCAGCACCAAAAACAAGAUGACUUUCCUCUUUGCCAACCUCAAAGAUCGGGACUUCCUGGUGCAGAGGAUCUCGGACUUCCUGCAACAGACCACUUCCAAAAUCUACUUUGAGAGAGAAAUCACAGGCAGCUUCAGCAGCUCAGACGACGAGUUGUACUCUCAGCAGGGCAGUGUCUUGUCCUGUAGUCCGCAGCGCAGUGCUCUCAGCUCUGAGGGAGAAAGCGAGAGGUUUAAUCUCAAUGACAACACCGUUCCCACAGCUACACAGGCACUGAUGACCAUGUACCGCCGGCGAUCGCCAGAGGAGUUCAAUCCCAAACUAGCUAAAGAGUUUCUGAAGGAGCAGGCUUGGAAGAAUCACUUUGCCGAGUACGGUCAGGGAUUGUGUAUGUACCGAACGGAGAAGACCAAAGAGCUGGUGCUGCAGGGCAUCCCGGAGAACAUGAGAGGAGACCUCUGGCUCCUGUUUUCUGGGGCAAUUAAUGAGAUGGCUACUCAUCCUGGUUAUUACGAGGAUCUGGUGGAAAAGUCGAUGGGGAAAUAUAAUCUGGCCACGGAGGAGAUCGAGAGAGAUUUGCAUCGGUCUCUUCCCGAGCAUCCGGCCUUUCAGAAUGAGAUGGGCAUCGCCGCCUUGCGUCGAGUCCUCACGGCAUACGCCUUUCGCAACCCCAAAAUUGGUUACUGUCAGGCUAUGAACAUUGUGACCUCUGUACUCCUGCUGUACGCUAAAGAGGAAGAGGCCUUCUGGCUCCUGGUUGCCCUAUGUGAAAGAAUGCUACCAGAUUACUACAACACCAGAGUUGUAGGUGCUCUGGUGGAUCAGGGUGUGUUCGAGGAGCUGGCUCACGUGUACGUCCCUCAGCUGUACGACUGCAUGCAGGCGCUGGCCGUCAUCUCCACUAUCUCGUUGUCGUGGUUCCUCACGCUCUUCCUGUCGGUCAUGCCGUUCGAAAGUGCCGUGGUGGUGGUGGACUGCUUCUUCUACGAGGGCAUCAAGGUCAUCUUCCAGCUCGCGCUCUCAGUGCUGGAUGCUAACAUCCAUCAGCUGCUGGCCUGCAAAGAUGAUGGAGAAGCCAUGACCAUUCUGGGCAGGUAUCUAGACAGCGUGACCAAUAAAGACAGCACGCUUCCUCCAAUUCCCCACCUGCACUCACUCCUGACCGAUAACGGUGAGCCGCAUCCCGAAGUGGACAUCUUCAAACUCGUCCGCAGUUCUUAUGAGAAGUUUGGCUCCAUACGUGCGGACGUCAUCGAGCAGAUGCGUUUCAAACAAAGGCUCCGAGUCAUCCAGGGUAUUGAAGAUAACACCAAACGCAAUGUGGUGAGGACCAUAGUGACAGAGACGGCCUUCAGCAUUGAUGAGCUGGAGGAGCUCUACACACUGUUUAAAACUGAGCAUCUGACCAGCUGUUACUGGGGCAGCACCAGUAACCCCAUGAGCCAUCACGACCCGAGCCUGCCCUACCUGGAGCAGUACCGUAUUGACAUCGAUCAGUUCAAGGGCCUCUUCGUGCUGCUCUUCCCCUGGGCCUGCGGCACACACGCGGAUGAUCUGGCCCUGCGCUUCUUCCGUCUGCUGGAUAAUAACGCAGACGGGCUCAUAAACUUCCGCGAGUUCAUCAGCGGCUUGAGUGUACUGUGUCAUUGUGACCUGACAGAGAAACUCAAAUGUCUGUACAAGUUGCAUGUGUUUCCAGAGCUGAAUCAUGAACAGGAGGAGCCUGACUCGGCCUGUGAAGCAAUGCAGUAUUUCUUUGAAGACAUCACUCCAGAGACCUCUAGUGGCCUUGAUCCCAAGAACAGAACUGAGAAGGAUGAUGGUUUUGUCAGGGUCACCUUUAAAACCGAAAAAGUUAAGAAACACACUCCAGAUUACCGUACCUACCUGCGCUUGUGGAACCAGGAGACCAAAUCUAAAUUAGAGAACAUGAAGGAUCUACCCAAACUCAACCAGAGUCAGUUCAUCGAGUUGUGUAAGACUCUAUAUAACAUGUUCAGCGAAGACCCCAAUGAGCAGGAGCUGUACCACGCCACCGCCACGGUGACCAGCCUGCUGCUGGAAAUGGGCGAGGUUGGCAAACUCUUCUGCUCUCCGGCUAGCAAGGAUGGCGAGGAAGCCGACGACGAAGAUGACGAUCAGGUCCCAGUUUGCGGAAGCAAACAACAGAGAGAGCGGCGCAAGCCCUGCGUCCCGCCAAGUGGCACAGGCGACGCCGAGAUCAACUCCUGUGUCACGGGACCCCUCUUGAUGGAGGACAUCAAGCUGGAAGAUUCCUCCCCCAAAGACACUGCAACAUCCUCCGCCAUGCUCAUCUCGGACGAUGAGACCAAAGAUGACACGUCCGUUUCCUCUUACUCCGUUCUGAGCGCCGGGUCCCACGAGCUGGACGACAAGCUUCAGUGCGAGGACAUCGCCGAGGACACAGUGCUCAUACGGAACGGUGGGCCCCAGGGCAGAGCAGGGCAUCGUGGGAAAGGUGGUCUGCCUCACAGCACCAGUAUCGAUAAUGACUGGACCAUUACGUUCGAGCAGUUCCUGGCUUCUGUUUUGACCGAACAAGCCCUGGUGCAGUACUUUGAGAAACCGGUGGACAUCGCUGCGCGAAUAACUAACGCUAAGAACGUGCGGAAGGUUGGAGAACCGCACUCGUCCGUCAGUGACUAUGAGAUCUCGCUAUCUGGCUGACUUAACCUAACCUUCUCCACUCCUGUAUCUUGACUCAUCAGCCAUACGUUCAGAUUUGAAGGAAUAGUUUAGCCAGAAAUAAAAAUUCUGUCUGCAUUUGUUGACUUUCAUAUCAUUUCAAACCUCUGUAAAAUAGGAAUUUAGCUUGUUUCCAAACAAGGAAAGUGGAUGGGGACUACAGCACUACAGUGGAAUGGAAGAUUUUUAGAAAAUAACUUCAGUCUUUACUCACACAAAAAAAUUGCGUGUCUUCGUAAGACUGGGAAUGUAUCGCAAACGUCAUAUGGGUUGCUUUUAUGGUGCUCUAUUGUUAUUUUGGGGGCUCCCCAGCUCCAGUCCCUAUCCACUUCCAUUAUCUAUAAAGAACUGCUAGGAAUAUGAGAACAGUCUGGAUUUUGUUAAAUAUCAUCUUUAAUGUUUCACAGAUGAAAAUCAUAAAGGUUUGGAAUGACAUGGAGGUAUGUAAAUGAUGAUAGCUAGUUUAUUUAAAGGGAUAGUUCACCCAAAAAUACACAUUUUGAGUCGAAUUUAUAACAUCUGUUUUCUCCAACGGAUCUCCACAUUAAUCAGUGUGAAACAUCAAAGUCGUGUUUAUAUAAGCUUGUAAUGAAACAGACAGUUCUGACUUUUUUCUGAAGAGAUGACAAACGGAGCUAUAUGCCUUUUCACCCGUACAAAGUCUUAGAGGAUCCGUUUGACCUAUUGUAUACUACAACGCACUUGGUGUACUUUAUAUACAGAAACGCUAACUAAAGUAUCUAAUACAGUUAGGCUGUCUAUCAUAGUAAUCGUGUCUAGAGUAGCUGACUAGUUCUGAUCAGGCAAAACAUGCUGAAGUCCUACAAGAAUCUAUUAAGUAGUCUUUGAGUAAUGUUAGCUUCACAGGGAGAGUCAAGGGUCUUUCAAUCCCCGGGAAAUGUGUCUCAAUGGGCAUUGAAGUGUACACUGAUCACCACCUUGUGGAAAUGAGAACGCAUCCUGAUUCUUAAAAAUGACCUUUGCUGCUUGGAACAACAUCACAUAGCAUCCUAAAUCAACACAACAAAUUUCCUCUUACAGUUUUCGGCACAUGCACUUUGGAUUUUAUUUAACAUAAACGGUGAAGAUGUGUGCAUACUAAUAACACUUAAAUACUAGAUAUUAAUCAGCUGAGAGACAAUGUGGUCCAGUGGUGAAAUAUCAGACUUUAAUGCAUUCACUAUUUAUAGUAUAUAGUAUAUACUCCAGACAGCGACUGUGUACAGUUUUUAAUUUAGUGUGUAUUCACCGUCAGAGGCAUGUGGCAAGUGAGUCCACCUUCUUGUAAACUUUUUGUUGUUGUUUAUAUAAACCGUUUUUUUUACUUUGUGCCUCUUUUUAAGUUAAUGUUUUACUGUGAAUGCUUAAAACCGACCUGUAAAUGAUUUGAAUCACCUCCGGAAAUUAAAAGUAUAAAGGAAUUCACUGUUUUUAAAAACUAUUACAACCAUUUGCUGCUUUUUUAUAUGAAUGGGGUACAAAAUGAAGCUCAUAAUUUAUAAAAAUUAAACGCACAUCUUUAGUUUUAAAUUCAUUUAAGAAGAAUGGUACCUUUUGGUUUGUAUUUCUGAUAUUUUUUAUAUUAGUUCAAAAUAAUAGCUUUUCUAUGUUACAGUAAGUUAGUACAUUCACAGACGUUGUAUAUUUUGCUACUUUGCCUGCAACCUUAAUUUUCUAUUAGAUAAUAAUGAGAUCUUAUACAAACAAAUAUGGGAUCUGUGCAUUGUUACCUUAAAGUAACUGGUACCCAAUUUAUACCCCAUUCCAGAAAAAAUCUUAUGUAUUUAAAUCCAGAAUUUGGUUUACAAAGACCCCUGUGGAGAGGAUUUUUUGCUUGGUCAUGCUGAAUUGCGCUGUUGUUAACUCGACUGACCACUAGGGGCCAGUAAAGAACCGAACCUCUAUUAUUUGCAUUGUGAGGCAUAAAUGCAUUACAACACUGCUGUUUGUCCUUAACAGAGUUGACAAUGAAUGUGUCCUACAGUAAAUUAAAUAAUGCCAUGCCCAAUCCUCCUGACCCUAAUUGACGUAUGGGGGUGUAAGCGCGAACGUCCAAUCAGAUGCUCUUAUCAGCCCAGCGCUUGGCAUUGUGGGAGUUCACUGAUGAUGACACCAUGCUGUCUCAGCGAGUACAUCAUCUCCUGACUUCCAACCACAAUCCUCUUGCCAAAAAUGGCCAAGCAAAUCAACACUUUUUGUCUUGAUUAUGAAUCUCAUUUAAAUAAAUGCACACAUGUUUGGUACAGUAUGUGCCAAAGCACUUUCUCAUCAGUGAUGAUUUAGAAGUUAGCUGUUAUAUGUUCUGUUUAUCAAGGAUCUGUUAUCUUAAGCCUUGUAUCCUUUGUACUCGAUCCAAGUAUUAUGCCACAGAUUAGCGACACAGACAUGUCCCUGUUCAUUUGCUGUUCAUGAAUUAAGAAAUGAAAGUAAAGUCUACUUUAAUAGUGCAUGCUCAACACAUCCUCAUAAGCUGAAUCAUGUAAUAUAGUCCAUUUUGCUGCAAUGCUUUAAAAGUUUUAGGUCGCUGCACUGAAAAUAUUAAUAUUGCUAUACUUGUCCAAUUUACUUAAUUUAAACAAUAAAUUAAAU